AGCGGUUCGGCUCAAUCCCCAGCAUGGCAAACGUUCCAGUGGCAGAUUUGUCCAAAGAGCAGCAGGAUGAACUCCUCUGCACUUACGCCGCGCUGAUUCUCCACGAUGAUGGGGCUGAGAUCAAUCCUCAGAACAUGACCAACCUGAUCAAGGCGGCAGGGUGCAAUGUCGAGGCAUAUUGGCCUUUGCUGAUGUCCAAGAUGAUUUCCAACGUUGGCAUGGAGACCCUCAUCAAGCUGGGCAGCGGUGCCGGCGGUGGCGGUGGCGGUGGAGGAGGCGGUGGUGGUGCUGCCGCGGGUGGCGAUGGUGGAGCCGCUGCAGGUGCAACAGAGGAGAAGAAGGUCGAAGAGGAGGAAGAAGAGGAAGACAUGGAGUUCGAUCUCUUUGGCUGAGGGGACAAGCAGGACACAGAGCCACACUGCACGGUGGAUGCGG